CGUGUCCCGGUCUUUCUCUCUGCCCGUGUCCCGGUCUUUCUCUCUGCCCAUGUCCCGGUCUUUCUCUCUGCCCAUGUCCCGGUCUUUCUCUCUGCCCCGGCUACGAGGUGUUCGAAUUGCUCACCCCAUCUUUAGCUCUGUCCACCAUCAUCCCUUGGAUCCUCACCUAUUGCAACUGUCAUUUCUUGCUACCUCGCGCUAUUUGGUGUCCUUGCUACGACGAGGACUUUGAGGGAUUGGCCUUGUUACGGCGAGGACUUUGAGGGAUCGGACUGAAAAUGAAACCAGAGUACUCUCCUGUGCCCUUCGUCGACGAUGAGCCCAAUAAUAGUCGACAAGCAGAAUCUCGGCCCCCUGGGUAUCUGCGUUUUAUUCUUCGCCCGGCCGUUGCGUGGACAUUGACGGCCAUUUUUGCCUCCCUGUCGUUGAUGCUCGCCAUGGUCAUCGACCGAGACUCACCUGUUCCAAGCGGAAAGCUGGGGACAUUCUCUGCCGGAUAUGCGACAGACUUUGCGACGGCGAGGAAGCACAUCCAUGUCGCCCAGACUCGCUUCACCGGCGGCCCGGCCUUUGACGAAAAGGGCGACAUGUACAUUCCGCAUCCGAGCCCGGUCUUGUAUGUUGGCGAUCCGGCGACACACCCAGAGGUUGACUAUAACUGGGAUAAUCUGACGUGGGGUCGCUAUGUGCUCAUCACACGAGAGGAGGCAGUGUCGUCCUGGGGGGAAGAUAUCGACAGCUACUGGGACGAGCAGAGAGGCGGCUAUGUCGCUGGGUUUGACCUCUUCCACACGCUGCACUGCUUGAACAACCUGCGCAAGGCGCUGAACCCGGGGCAUUAUGGGUCUAGCGGGCAUGGGCACAAGACGAGGAGCUCGCCGGCCAGCACUGCGAUGCACCAGGACCACUGCAUCGAGCAGAUCCGGCAGUACAUCAUGUGCUCUGGGGACAUGACGCCGAUCCCGACCAAGUUCUAUCCGUCUCUGGGGCGGAACUAUGUCGAGUCCGAUGUACCGCACACUUGUCGGGACGUUGAGCCGCUUCGGCGGUGGAUGGUGGACAGAUACGAAGGGCCGAGUGCGGUGAAACCUGUGUUUUAGUCAAUCUCGGUCGGCUAGUUUUCCACAUACUGUUUUUUGGUCCUUCCUUGGACAGCAGCCUGUCGCAAACUCGGCGGGACCAGCCAAGGGCCAGAAGCAGGAAUUGAAGAAAGUGAGAAGUCCCAGACGCGGUGAUGGGCCGCCGACGAGACUUGGUGUUUGCGGG